ACGCAUCGCUCUCUCGCCGCUCCGUCUGCCCCCUCGAGCCGGUCGCUGAAGUCUGCGCGCGUUCCCGCCUCCCGUCUCCGACCCACCUCACUCGAGGACCUCCAUCCAUACCUCACCACUUCCAUCCCCGCGCAUCAGCAUGGUCUCCAAGAAAGCAAUCGCCGAGGAGGCUGCGCCCAAGCGAUCGCUGCCGCCCAAACGAAACCCUCUCAUCGACGAGGAGCACUCACCUGGCCAUGAGAUACUGGUUGAGCGCCGGCGCUUAGGCCAGACCAAUCUGGCCGUCAAGGUAGGCCAAGUUGGCAUUGCGAACGCUUCGAAGCCUGCGAACCUGGGAACCUUCGACUAUGCGCAUCUGCGGGUACCCUUGCCGAAAGACCUCAGCGGCUCCGGCAUCUUUCUCGUCGCAAAGCAAGGGGCAUGGCCAGAAUCAUACUUCUUGAUGCGACGGAGUAGCGAUGGCUUCAUCAGCGCGACGGGAAUGUUCAAGGCCGCGUUCCCAUGGGCAUCGUCGCUAGAAGAGGAAGCCGAGCGUAAGCACCACAAGGAAAUGUCGUCUGCCAUCGGCUCAGAAGAGGUGGCUGGCAGUGUAUGGAUUGCGCCAGACGAAGCCCUCGAACUCUCCGAGGAAUACGGCCUGCGCCUCUGGGUCGACGCCCUGCUCAGCCCCGAACCAAUCGAAAAAGGCAGCAAAGACAAAUCCAUCAACCAGAUCAUGACCCCGCCAAAAGCCUCGCGCUCAGUCUCGCCCAGCAAGAUCGCGACCCCGAGCAGGAAGAUGGCAAGCCCGCGCAAGUCGAGGAGCACGAGGAGCUCAGCCAAGGCCGACACAACCAAGAGCGAGACGGCGCCCAGCAACCUGUCAAACGUUCUCGAAAACGGCACAUCGGAAUCGAUCGUCUCUGAGUCGGUGGACGAAGAAGUCGCGAAGCUUGAGGUCACUAACACUGUUGAAACGAACGGCGAAGGUGAGCUGGCCACCACAGCUAUCAAAUUCGACUGGCCUGCGAACUCACCAACGCUACCUCUUCCAGAGAGCCCCGAGGAGAUGAUCGCGAAGGCCCAGGCAAUGGUUGAGGAGGCGAACAAACUAGACGCAAAGCAAGUCAACGGCGUCAAGCCAUCAAAGCGCAAGGUGGACGAAGUCGAGGUCGACGAGGAGGAAGCCGCCGCCGCCGCACAACCAACGAAGAAAGUGAAGAAGCUCGAAGAGCAGGCCAAGAAGGAUACCGUCACGAGGAAAGCGUUAUUCGGCACCAUUGCAUUGGCUGCGAUUGGGGCCUCCAUUCCGUACUUCUCCCCUUACUUCCUGUAAUCCCCAGCAACCACAUCUUGGCCCGAUCUUUUUGCUUUGCUCUGAUUUACGUGUGCUUGAGGUUUUGGUUAAGCACGCCUGGGUUCCCCUUCCUUCAUCUUCCCCCUGAUACCACAUCCUUCUUCACUUUUCCUUUGUUUAGUAUACUGUGUUUUUCGGCGUCAAGGCAGCUUUGCAAUAACCUUUUUCACCCCUAGCGAUCGGCAUGCGGCCAAUCCAGUCCAAUCCAAUCCAUUCCAUAUUUUCCUCUUAUGGUAGAGGUUUC